AUGAAAUCAACAAGGAGUACCGUAAAUUUGAGCCUUGAAAGUACACUAGUUGGCGCCGACCACAUAGCGGAAGGUGCCGAAGAACUCCGCUCGAAGAGCUUAUUCGUCGUCAUGGAUAUCAUUGACGUCUUAGAAAUUCAGUCGUGUGUCCUUGAAGGAACUACAUUGUGCCUGGGCUAUUUAUUCGAAUGCAUUCUGUAUUUUUACUGCUAUAUUUUGCUACUGAUACUGCCAACCUUGUCCCUCGCCGAAAUUUCAAGGUCUUCAGGAGAGCGUGGCUAUCCCGAAAGAUGGAGAAUGCUGAUGUACUUGGCCGUCUCUCUUUUUUCCGUGAACAUUGUUCUACCAAUUAUCCGAAUUUACCUCAUAGUCAAAUUCCAAAGCCUCAAGCCAUCUCGAAUCUUUCUUGGAAAAAACUUCAUUUACUUCGCCUACGAAUUGCUCAAGUUAAUUCGCUGGUUUUGGAACAGAGAUCACGAGGAAGGAGUCGAAGCUCUGCAUGAUCUGAACGUGACGAAUAAUCAGCAGCUACAGUCAAGCAAUUCAGUGAUUCCGUCGCCGCUGCCAGCACCCUCGAUCGAGCCUCCAAAAACACCUUCGAACUGCUCUAAAAAGACAAUCACCGUGACCAGCAUUGACGGCCCGCUCAAACGCUCGAGGCCAACUUCAGUUGCAACUAGCCCGGCAGCCGAGUGCAUGGACUUCCCAACGCCGCCGAACCUGGGAAUACUGGGCGAUGCAAUGGCCGGCGGCGAGUUCGAAUUCCAUCUGUCGGCCACUUCUGCUUCAGGGGCUCACUCUAGAUCAGGAGCGAACACUGUAUGCGACUUCUUGGCUGAGAACGAAAAUAACGAAAAACGCGUCUGA